AUGGAGAAGGUUGACGACGGUCUUAUUAUUGAUGACCCCUACCCUGGUCUGGACCUGGAAACGUGCAAGGACAGAUUGGAACAAGCCGAGGAAGAUCUACAGCAAUGCCAGAAUCCACCCCCGGGCGAUCAGAAUACAACCCCUUCGUGUGGCGGGACGCACCGCCAACGUUCUAGGGACUGGAAGGUGUUUUGUGACCAUGCUACACAGGGUUCUGGGACGCAGCCAAUAGGAGAGUAUACCACGAGUACCUUGGCGGAAUGUAUCGACCUGUGUGCUAGGAUGCAAAGCGAAGAUUGCAAGAUAGCCGUCAAGAUGCCUUAUCCGAGCAAUAACUGCAAAUUGUCUAAGGGACCCCUCACGGGGACCUACCAAAGUCAAGGUGCCCAGUUCGCCGUGAUGCAGUAA